AUGAGCUGCCGUGGGAGGAAAGCUUGGUCUUCUGCUGGAUCCCUCAAAGGAAUCUAUAACUAUGGUGGCGACCCUAAAAAACUUUCCAGGCAUGUGUACUUACCAAACCAUGAUGGCUUUCCAAGGACAUUUAAUGUAUAUGGUGGAGCAAGCGUUAGGAAGACCGCUCAGGACUCACGUAACUUCGGGAAGACCGCUCAGGACUCACGUAACUUCGGGAAGACCGCUCAGGACUCACGUAACUUCGGGAAGACCGCUCAGGACUCACGUAACUUCGGGAAGACCGCUCAGGACUCACGUAACUUUGGGAAGACCGCUCAGGACUCACGUAACUUCGGGAAGACCGCUCACAACUCACGUGACUUCGUCUUUGGAUCUGGGAGCGUACACACCGGCUACAGUCUGAACAAUGGCUUUGAAAGUCGGAGAGGUUGGAAUGAAGGUUUAUUCAGCAUGAAUUCUAAAGAUACAAUGAAGCUUCUCAAUGAGCGACUGGCCAACUAUUUAGGACAAGUAGCAAAACUGGAAGAAGAAAAUAUUCAGCUGGAAAGAAAAAUACAGGAAUGGCACAAGAAAAAUACUCCCAAGGAACAACCCAACUUUAGCAACUACUUUACUACCAUUCAGGAGCUUCAGAAGAAGAUUUCGGAUGCUGCUCUUGAGAAUUGCCAGAUUGUUCUGCACAUAGACAAUGCCCGUCUUGCAGGAGAAGACCUCGGAAACAAAUAUAAUAUGGAGCUGAGCGUACGUAAUAAUAUAGAAGCGGAUCUACAAGUCUUACGGAAGGGUCUUGAUGAUCUCACCAUGGAAAAACACGACCUUAACCUUCAGCUGGAAUUUCUCACGGAAGAUCUGGCGUCACUGAAGAAGAAUCAUAAUGAGGAAGUAAACAGCCUUAGAUCACAACUGGGAGCCAGAGUCAAUGUGGAGAUUAACGCUGCGCCCUCAGCCGACAUCAGUAAGAUCUUGUUAGAAAUCCGAACGGAGUACGAGAGAUUGAUGGACCAGAACAUGAAGGAGGUGGAGAAGUGGUUCAUGACUCAGAGGGAAGAGUUGAACAGCCAGAUGACGUCCGAAACUGAGCACCUGCAGUCGGUAAAAAUGGAAGUAAUUGAGCUACGGCAUACUGUGCAAAUGCUGGAGAUUGAACUUCAGACAGAGCUAAGUAAAAAAUUGGCUCUUGAAGGCAGCUUGACAGAGGUGAAGGAGGAUUAUGGGAGACAGUUAACGAGUAUCCAAGACUCGAUACACAAAGUAGAGGCUGAAUUAUCUGGGUUACGUUACGAUCUGGAGCGCCAAAACCAUGAGUAUAAGAUCCUGAUGGAUGUAAGGACGCGUCUGGAGAUGGAAAUCGCUACAUAUCAACGUCUCUUGCAAGAAGAAGACAUCGUUCCGAGGGCCAAAACUGUAAUACAAAGAGGUUCACGUCGAGGUUUGAAAGUUGUUUCGAUUACAGAGGACUACGAAGAUGGAGUAUUUGUGUCCAAACAUGAACAGAUUCGUCAUCUUUAGGCUUCUUGAAAAGUGACUGUGAAAUGUAAAGCAGUGUUAUUACACAUUGUAAAGCUUUAUAAACUGGUAAACAAAAUAAAUCCACCAAAUCCACUAAAGAAUGUAAAUGAUUUACCCUCCCCCCGCAUACAUAGAACUUCAUAGAAAUCUUUAGACCCCCUCAUCUAUGGUGGCAUUCCUCAACAACGUACAAAAUACUUGACUCUCCAAACUGAAAUGUCGGAACCAUCUUCAUCAGAUCUUCUGUGAGAUAAGUAUCAGGAGCAAAUGGUAACACUGUGUUAUAUACAGUAAUAGUGACAUUAUAAGGCUGC